AUGGUAGGUGGUGUCUCAGUACAGUCUCCAUCAACCAUGACAUCUCCUCCUGAGAGUCAUCGAAAUUUCAUUCCACACGGUAGCCGAUCAGAGAUUCUGCUACUACCACCGCGCAGCGAUGAUUUUAUGGUUUCUCACCCAUGGACAGCAAUGUACCUCAUCUCGCCUCCCCUUCCGCGUGGAGUCUCUGCAGUCCAGUUUAACAUCACGAGCCACGACCAAGGAUGGUGCAGCGAUAGAAGUCAGGACAUCUGGUCUUGGUUCGACGUAUCCAUCUUGUGCUCUGAGCGAGAUGGUGUUGAAGACUAUCCUUCUUCCUUUCUUUCUGACUUGUCGGAUCAUCCUUCAUCAUAUCUCAAGCCUAAACCCGAAGAUUUCCGCCAAGUUUUGCAGGACCAGGGCUUGCAUUUCAAGGACAUCUCUAAACAAGAAGAUCCAGCCAAGCCGGAGCGCAUUGCGAAGCGGGUGGCUUCGAAUAAGAUCCAGAGGUCCUGGCAACAACAUGUUGUAUUUUGGAGAGUUGAAGAUGGUGGUGAGGAAGCUGAGUUCCUGUCCUGUCUUGAAGAAGGGGAUCGGUUGGUCGUUUGGGCUCGCACACAGUUCCCUGGAUGGAUUAACUGUGUGAAAAAUGUGGAAAUAAAGGUCUCGGUUGAUGAGACGACUCUUAUUACCCUUCCUGCAAGCGGUGGUGAUUUUGAAACGCGUCAAGAGGACACAGUCAUUGGUGUUUCGUGAUGCUUAGUUGGGGGCUUGGAGGAAGUAUGCACAUAAUCUGGUGCUGCUUGCGCUUCGUAUAUACCUAUGUGCUGGUGUUUGUGCGUCUUGAUGAUCGGUAUAUCUACUGGUAAGAAUACAAUCUACGCGAGAUUCGGGAAUGUUAUUCUAUGGUCGCUCUUUUUCCAACUACUAAAUGUCAGCUGGGAAUCACUAUGCCGUUACGGAUAAGGAGAUAAGAGUAAAUAAAAUGAAUAUGUCCAAUUUAUCAGUCUCAGUC